AUGCCCGAACGCUGGGCUCGCGACUCCCGGCUCUGGCAGCUGCGCAGACCGCGCGCCCCGCCCCCUCGGCGCGCCCCGCCCCCGCGCGGCCCGGCCGGCCGCCCCGCCUCCUCCCGCGGGUGGCCCACCGUGUCCCCAGCGCGCGCUCUCUCCGCAUCCCGGCUCCCCGCUGCGCCACCCCCGCCGGGGACCCGGCCCGUCGUCCCGGAGCUGCGCGGGGGCGGUGCCACAGCCUCGGACUGGAGUGGCCCUCGGAGACCGCACGCCCCCUCGCUGCCCUGCCCCCGCCGGCGCGCCUGCUACCUUCGGCUCUCGAACGGGCUGGAACUUUCCAUGCCUUCGGUCUCAUCCUGGGCGGCGGGCGAGUGCGGGCCGCGAGUGCGCCUGCGCUGCGGUGCGGUCUCGUCUGUGCGCGCUCCCCUUGUCCGCCCGCGACUCUCCGGCGCUAGGGACCUUCCCAGCGGAAGGCGGUGUCGAGGCCGGACCCGGGGCUCUCCCACCCCACGGCUGCGCACGAGGAUUCCGGAACGUUCCCGCUUGGGGUCGGUGUGGGAUGCCGCUCGCUCCCCCCGCCCGCUGUCCGCAGUCCUCGCGCGGCUAAUCCGGGCCCCUUCCCAGCGAGCUGGGGCGCAAGGCGCGGGCUCGGUCUGGCUGCGGCUCCAUCCCUCGGAGGCUGCGUGACCUUGGGCGGGCUGCUUUUGUGUGAUGUGGGGUGGGAUGCCUGUGAGUGAGUUGAUGCACGUAAACCGCGGAGAACGGGGCCUGGCACGGGGUGGUGCGACACGGACAUGUGUGGUGUGCUCCCGGUGUUCUUUAAGUGUUUGCUUGGCGUUCGUUGAAAGGUUAUGCUGAGUACUUGGAAGACCGUUUAGCAACCGUCUGAGAUCGUGAGUGUGCCCUGGAGUGGGGAGAGGGGACUCCGGCCCUCCCCAGAAUCUCCCCCAACACACGCUCGUGCUCACCUCUGCUUCCAGCCGCCAGCUGUGCUCUUACUGGCAGGAGAUGGUUAAAUGCAGUUUUCUCCAUCUCCACUCUUUAGAGACUGCUGCCCCUGCCCCUGUUUGCCCCAUUAAAAGGGUCUGAAAGUGAAAUUGGUCGUCGACUUGAAAGUGCUUUGACGUGAAUAGACUUGUCAACAACCCAUGUUCUUCUGAAGAGAAACUCC